AUGGGAUGUUCGGACGGUGACGUCGAGUGGUCAGCUGUAGGCAGGCUGGGCUCGCAGGCGGUCAACUUGAUGCUGCUGCAGGGAGAGGGCCGCGAGCGGCAGGGGCCCGCAAUGGAGGAGGACUGCUCCGCGCGCCCCUGCGCCACUGACUUCUCCAUCGCUGCCAUCAUGGCCAGGGAUCGCCAGGAGCGAAGAGAGAGGAGAAGACACAGAGACCCCAGAGAAGACACACUUAUGCCUUUAGAAAAGUUUGUGGAUGCGACAGCUUCUGCCUCGGGUUCUCCGUCUCCACCUCUCGCAGAGUUCGAGCGAGAUUCUCCCGUAGAUGUGUCGUCGACGUCAGAAGCAGGGUCCGCCAGCGGAGCCCCGAGUGGCUCCCGGCCUAUCUCACCGCCCCCCAGGAACCCACAGCUCGUGGAGCGAUGGUCCAGCGAGGAGAUGCGACACAUACAGUGCCACCUCGAAACUAAAGAGUUAUGGGACAAGUUUAACGAAUUAGGAACGGAAAUGAUCAUCACUAAGACUGGAAGACGCAUGUUCCCGACGGUGCGCGUGUCGUUCGCGGGGUGCCGCGCGGAUGCGCGCUACGCCGUGCUGCUGGACGUGGUGCCGGUGGACGGCAAGCGGUACCGCUACGCGUACCACCGCUCCUCGUGGCUCGUGGCCGGUAAGGCGGACCCGCCCGCGCCCGCGCGCCUCUACCCGCACCCCGACUCGCCCUUCUCCGGCGACCAGCUGCGGAAGCAGGUCGUCUCCUUCGAGAAGGUCAAGCUCACCAAUAACGAGAUGGACAAGAACGGACAGCUGGUCCUGAACUCCAUGCACAAAUAUCAACCACGCAUUCACCUGGUGUUGCGACGAGAAGGAGCCAUCAACGCGCCCAUCACAGACUUAGAACAAGAAGAAUUCAAGACGUUCAUAUUCCCCGAGUGCGUGUUCACCGCCGUCACCGCGUAUCAGAAUCAACUCAGAGACAAACGUUUGAAAUCGCAUAGCGCCGGUCGGCUGACUAUCGACGAAUGCUAUUUGAGUCGCACUAAUUGCAUCUCGCUGAAAGCUACUACUCGCAUUGUGGCGGAGUCAUUACGUGUGGCGCAGGCGCGUCGAGAGUGUCGCCAUUGUAGUCAAUGGCGCUGCCAGAUCACGAAACUGAAAAUCGACAGUAAUCCAUUCGCUAAGGGAUUCCGUGACUCUUCACGUCUCACCGAGUUCGAGAGGGAGACCAUGGAGUCAAUGUUGGCAGAACAACACUUCCUUCGUUCACCACUGCGACCAUUUGACCUGGACCAACACAAUAACAAUCUGACGUUGGAAGAGAAGGCGAUACUGGCAGCGCGGUCACAGCUGUUCCUACGUGCCGCGUACCCGCUGUACGGCGUCCCGGCCGCGGCGCUGUGGGGACAAUGGGCUUGUCUGGCGCCACAGUUGCUGGCACAGCAGCACCUCGCAGCCUCUGGGUCUGGCCUGCAGCUGCCGCGGCCAGUGUACCCGGGAGCAUUGGGUGCAGGCGGCGCGGGUCCGCAGCCGCUGGCUCAGCACCGGUUCUCGCCAUACCCAGCUCGCCGUGCCUCACCAGGGUCCUCACCAGACUCGCUGCGCGACGCCAGCCCGCACCCCUCGCCGCUGCACCCGCCGCUUACCCCGCACACCCCGCACGCGCCGCACCCGCCCCACAGCCCUACUUAG